AGGCGAGAUUUUACGUGAACUCUCUGAAAUCGAGGCUUUUCCUUUUCGUGCAGGCCGCCAUAUUGCCUAGGUGCAAAUAUGGGAAAAUUUAUGAAAUCUGGGAAAGUUGUCCUAGUGUUAGCAGGACGCUAUGCAGGCAGAAAAGCUGUCAUUGUUAAGAACUACGAUGAUGGUUCCUCUGAGAAGCAGUACGGCCAUGCUUUAGUUGCCGGAGUUGACCGCUACCCACGCAAAGUGACCAGAAGAAUGGGCAAGAAGAAAGUAGCCACCAGGUCCAAGCUGAAGGCCUUUGUCAAAGUUUACAACUUUAACCAUUUGAUGCCCACAAGAUAUUCAGUGGAUGUGAACGUAGACAAACAGACCGUCAACAAGGACGCAUUCAGAGACCCCGCGCUGAGGAGGAAAGCGCGGCGAGAGGUGAAGAUGAAGUUGGAGGAGAGGUACAAGACUGGCAAAAACAAGUGGUUCUUCCAGAAGCUGCGAUUCUAAAUAUUGCCGUCAAUUUAUUGUACAAAACACAAAAAGACUGUAACAUAUUAAAAAAAGCCAAUUGAAAAGAAUAAUA